AUGGCGUCUCUCGACGCGGACCUCGCGCAGCUCAGCGCGUGCCUCGCGCAGUCGCUAUCCCCCGAUCAGACCGCGCGCGGUCACGCGGAGGCGUUCCUCACCCAGGGCGCAUCGCAGCCGGGCUUCGGCGUCCUCCUCCUUCGCGCGCUCGCGUCCGAGGCGGCGGAGCCGCAGACGCGCCAGGCGGCGGCGGUGACGUUCAAGAAUCUCGCGAAGAACCACUGGGUCGCGAGAGAGCCCGACGUCGUCGGCGCGCCGCCGCCGUACUCGAUCGCGGACGCGGAGAAGGACCAGAUCCGCGCGUCGCUCGUGGGGCUGAUGCUCUCCUCCCCGAAGCUCGUCCGCGCGCAGCUCACCGAGGCGCGUUCUGCGCUGGCCAUCGUCUGCGCCGCGGAUUUUCCGGAGCGGUGGCCAUCGCUGCUCCCGGAGCUGAUUCAGCGCAUGGGGUCGUCGGGGCAGCGCGACUUCAACGCCGUGGUGGGCGUCCUCACGACCGCGAACGCGAUGUUCAAGCGCUAUCGCCAGGCGUACAAGAGCGACGAGCUGUAUAAGGAGCUGAAGUACGUCUUGGACGCGUUCGUGGCGCCGCUGCAGGCGUUGCUCUUGGAGAUCUCCGCCGCCGUGGACGCCAACGCGAACGACGCGACGCUCCUGACGUCUCUGUUCUCGUGUCUGCGUCUUAUCAUGCGCGUGUUUUACUCCCUCAACUCGCAAGAGCUCCCGGAGGUGUUCGAGGACGCGAUGGACGCGUGGAUGGGUCAGUUUCACAAAUACCUCGCCUACGAAAAUCCAACCGCGGCUAACGUCCCCGAGCUCGACCGCGUCAAAGCCGCGGUGUGCGACAACGUCAACCUGUACAUCGAGAAGAACGAGGAGGAGUUCCAGCGGUUCCUUCAGACGUUCGUCCAAGACGUCUGGACGCUGCUCACGAAGACGGGCGCGGGCGCGGAGAAGGAUCACCUCGUGACGUCCGGCGUGAGGUUCUUGACCACGGUUGCCAACUCCGUGCAUCACUCGCUCUUCGCGGGGGGCGACACGCUGCGUCAAGUGUGCGAGAGCAUCGUCAUCCCGAACUUGCAGUUCCGCGACGACGACGAGGAGCUGUUCGAGAUGAACCACGUGGAGUACAUCCGUCGGGACGUGGAAGGGAGCGACAGCGACACGCGUCGACGCGGCGCGGGCGAGCUCAUCAAAGGCCUCGCCGGGAAGUUUCCGAACGAGAUGACGACCAGCGUGACCGGGUACGUCGCCGCGCUUCUCGGUCAAUUCGCGUCCGACCCGGUGAACUCGUGGAAAGCGAAAGACGCGGCGAUCUAUCUGGUCAUCUCGCUCACGGUGAAGAAGAGCAGCGCCGCGAAGGGCGCGACGGAGACGAACGAGCUCGUCUCCGUCGUGGACUUUUUCCAAACCCAGAUCGUCCCGGAGCUCGCGAAAGCGACCGGUCAGGGGCCCGACGCCGGCGGGAUCGGCCAGGCGGUGUUGUUCGCGGACGCGCUCAAGUUCAUGACCAUCUUCCGGCAUCAGCUGCCCAAGGCGAUGAUCCUCCCGGUCGUCCCCGCCGUCGUCGCGUUGCUUCGCGCGGAAAACAACGUCGUCCACACCUACGCCGCCAUCGCUCUCGACCGCCUUCUGACGACGAGAGAUCCGCUGGGCCCAGGUGCCGCCCCCGGCGCCGUCACGCGCUCGACGCCGAGGUACGCGCCCGCGGACCUCGCGGCGACGACGGAGCCGCUGCUCACGUCGCUGUUCGGCGUCUUCGCCAAGACGGACAGCGGGGAGAACGAUUACGCGAUGCGAGCGGUGAUGCGCGUGAUCGGGUUCUUGGGCGAAGGCGUCAAGCCCGUCGCGGACGCGUGCGUGACGCAGCUCGCGGCGAUGGCGAUGGAGACGUGCAAGAACCCGAGGAACCCGGCGUUCUCGCACUACCUCUUCGAGUCCAUCGCCGCGCUCUUGCGGCACGCGAACGACCCGGGACUCGUCGGCGGGUUCGAGCGCGCGUUGUUUCCGCCGUUUCAGCACGUCCUGCAGGCGGACGUCGUCGAGUUCGCGCCGUACGUGUUCCAGCUCCUGUCGCAGCUGAUCGAGACGCACCCGAGCGGCUCGCUCCCUUCCGCGUACGUCGGGAUCUUCCCCGCGCUGUUGGUGCCGGCGCUGUGGGACCGGCAGGCGAACGUGACGCCGCUCGUGCGUCUGUUGGAAGCGUUUUUACGAAAGGCGCCGGCGGAGAUCGCGGGCGGCGGGUACCUGCAAGGCAUCCUCGGCGUGUUCCAAAAGCUCGUCUCGAGCCGCGCGCAUGAUCACCAGGGGUUCUUCGUUUUGAACGCGCUCGUGAGCUCGCUCGCGCUGCCCGCGUGGAUCGAUCAGCUGCCCGCGGUGUGGGGUAUCCUUUUCCAGCGGCUGCAGACGUCGAAGACGACCAAGUUCGUCAGGUGCCUCGUCGUGUUCGUCUCGUCGCUCGCGGUGAAGCACGGCCCGAGCGUCGUGGCGGACACGAUGGCGAAGGUGCAGCCCGGGAUCUUCGAGAUGGUGCUCGCGGGCCCGAUCGCGGACGCGGUCGGGGGCAUCACGGGGGAGAUGGAGACGAAAGUCGUCGCCGUCGCGUCGGCGCGGUUUCUCUCGGAGUCGUCGUCGCUCAUCGCGAACGACGCCGGGUGGGCGAAGCUCCUCACGAACGUCGUGACGCUCCUGGAGAAACCCACGGACGCCGGCGGCGACGGCGGCGACGCCGCGGACGCGGACGCGGAGCUCGAGGAGAUGGAAGCGAAGGCUGGGUACAGCGCGGCGUACAACUCGCUCGCCAACGCGAAGAGGGUCGAGGUGGAUCCGUGCGCUGAGGUCACGGACGUGAAAACGCACGUCGCGCGGACGUUAGCGACGGCGAGCGGCGGGAUGCCGGGGCGGAUGCGGGGGUUGAUUCAGGGCGGGUGCCCGCCGGAGGUGCAGAACGCGGUCGCGGGGUACUGCCAGGCCGCGGGGGUGAUGAUCAACUGAACGAAGUGAUUGUGAUUGACGAUUCUUUCGAGG